AUGGGUGUAAUCCCAGAGGAUCAUUAUAACUUGGAUACUAACCUUAUUGCUUCUUUGUUAUUAUCUUAUGUUAGGAACAAUCCUCAGUUCAAGCUUAAAGAGGUGCAGACUACAGUUAAGGUUGCAGUUUCACACACUCCGUCGUACAAAAAUGCUUGGCUCGGUCGGAGGCGUGCAUUCAAGAUAAUAUAUGGUGACUUUGAUGAGUCAUUUGCCCAGCGUCCUAUGUAUAUGAAUGCACUCAAGCAUUUUAAUCCAGGAACGGUGGUGGAAUGGGUACAUGCAGAUCGGUCAACGGCGGAGAUAAAUAUCUUUAAGUAUAUUUUUGGGGCAUUUAAACUUUGUAUUAAAGGAUUUAAGAGUUGCAAACCUGUUAUAUCCAUUGAUGGCACUCACAUUUAUGGAAAGUACGACUUAAAGAUGUUAAUUAUUAUGACUGCAGAUGCAAAUGGACAGAUAUUCUCAUUAGCAUUUGCAAUUAUCGAUAAGGAGUCGAAAGAUGCUUGGUCGUGGUUCUUGUCAUGUCUUGCAGUGCAUGUUGUAAAAGGUCGCAGGGAAGUUACAUACAUACAGAUCGGGCUCUUGGAAUUAUUCGAAGUUUUGAGGAGCUCGUCCAGCUGCAUGAGCCGAAUGCAUAUCAUCGAUUAUGUCAGGCAUUUAAAGAGCAAUUUCAACUCAAAGUUUUCGAACAAGGGGUUAGAGGGAAUGAUGUGGUAUGCAGCUAUCCAACACCAAGAACGCAAAUUUAAAAGUGCUAUGUGUAAACACGGAAAAUCGGAUAGAGUUAAAUUUGUAAGUAAUUCUAAGGAUACGUAA